AAGAUAAUUUCUAGUCAAAAUUAUAUUGAAAAUUUAAAAUAACAAUAAUAGAAAAAUCAAUAUUAAAAUAGGCGAUGGAGAAGGCGACGGCGUUAGGGUUGUGACCCGACCAUGCGUUUGAUGUCUCAGGGAACGGCGGAUCUGGUGUCUCUAGUGGAUAUCGAAGUUCUCAGGGUUUGUGGGUUUGAUCCGGUUUCGAUUGGCAAAAGUUUUGCUUGGGUUUCGAUUGGAAAUGGGGAAAUCAGUCGGUGGAAUUGGGUUUGUUUUGGUCUUGCUGGGGAACGAGGUUUUGGUCGGAUCUGGGUGAUUCAAGUCAGAAUCGGGGUCGGAGAAUUAGAGAUGGGAUUUGAUGGCAGGGCAAAUAAGAGGUGGGUCUCCAUAUACGGAGGUGAAUGUCUAAGGAGUGAGGUCAUGGUGUUUGGAAAUAGAAGGGAAGAAGCUUGGGAUCGGAGAGGGGUCGACGAGAGAAGCAACAGUCAGGGUUUUGUCGGAGUCUAUAGAGGGUAUCAAAUGGGUGUGAUUGGGGAAGAGCUCACGGUGGUAGAGUUAUACAUAUCUUAUCUGAUUUCAAUGGGUACAGCUCAAAGGAGUAGAAGAAUUCUACGAUAUCAGUUUCUAUGGACAGGAGUGGAGAGUCAGGUGUUAAGACCAGAGGCAAAUAAGUGCAUAUAUGAGGUAAUGAGAGAAUUCUUAAAGGAAGUUUUAGUGUGGGUCUUGAUACCGGCACUAAGAUGGUCUCUGUGGUGGCGUUAUUUCUGGGUUAAUUUGGAAUCAAGAGUGGUACUAAGGAGAUGUAAAUCUCAGUUUGACUUCUGGCAGAUUAUGGAGGGAAAUAAUUUUUCUCUUUUCAAUAUUAGCAAAUGGUUUAUGGGAAGGAAGAAGUUGGUAGCAGGUGCAAAAAGAAGUAUGCAGCUAUACUUUCUUUUCAUCUACAGGAGGGGUGUCAGAAAAUUUAGAUGGUGGAUGGAUGCACAGGUCUGGAAGAUCCUUUGGAGUUUUACUCCAGUCUGGUUACGAUCAGUUUACUUUGAUUUGAGAGGACAGUGGUUGAUUCGUGGCUGGUCAAUAUUAUGGUUCAGAAAGGUUUACUUCGGAGGGGUUGUUAUAAUUGGUAUAUGGGCUGUGGAGAGACUGAUAAAGGCUUUUGCUGGAUGGCUUAAUAUGCAGAGGCCCAUGAGGAGAGAGAAUAUGUGGCGACUUUUAGAAAGGAUAUUGCGUGGGGAAGCCUUGGUAUUGUUAUGGCAAGAGGAGAUAACAAAUUUUCAAAUUGCCAUAAACAGAAAAUCUUGGAGCUCAAGGGUUGAGAUAUUAGAGAAUAUUCUAAUAUUGAAUUGGAGUUAUUGUCUUCGGUAUUUUUGGCUAGGAGAAUCAGCAGAUUUUAGGAAAGCUCAGAGGUAUAAACAAUUAAGCCGUAUAGGGUUAAUAGCUCAUAUUCUCUCAGCUUUUUCUUGGUUUCUAUACGUGAAGAGAAGUUUGCUGAAGAGAGCUGUUGGGUUGAAGUCUGAUUUCACAAGAGAAACAAUGUCACAGAGCAGUCUGGUUGGGAAGAGCGGGUCAGUCCAGAAGGGUGAGGAUCAGACGGCUAAGAAGAGGAUCAAAAUUCCACAUUUUGAUAACUCCGCUCUCAUAGCGGGUUACUCAAAGACAAUCAUCGGGAGGUGUUUUAAUCCACAGAAACAGGAGAUGAAAUCUUUGUUACACAUGAUGCCACGUAUCUGGGGAUUGGAAGGGAAAGUUGCUGGUGCAGAUUUAGGUUUGGGGAAGUUUCAGUUUGAUUUCGAUGAAGAGGAGGACAUUGCUGCGGUGCUUAAGAUGGAACCAUUCCAUUUUGAUAACUGGAUGGUUGCGAUGGUAAGAUGGGCGCCCUCGGUAGAUCCAGAUUAUCCGGCUACGUUGAAGUUUUGGGUCAGAGUUAUGGACGUUCCCCUUCAGUUUUGGGCUGAACCUACUUUCAGAUAUAUUGGCAAGGGGCUGGGGCACGUGGAUGAUAAAGAGGAAGCUGUGGAUCUGCAGAAAGGAAGAGUGCAGGUUACGCUUAAUGGUUUACAACCUCUGUGUUUUGAAACCGAGAUUGAGUUCUCGAAUGGUGAAGCGACUUUGGUUAAGCUACGGUAUGAGCGGUUACAUGGCUAUUGUGAGUUGUGCUUCAGUUUGUGCCACGAGUCAUCUUAUUGUAUGCAGUCUAGGGAAAAGACUCAGCCAAGGUACAAGGAACCGCUAGGGGAGAAGGAAGAGGACAGAAAAUCACUCAGUUACCGUGGUGCGGUCAUUUCAGACCAUAAGAAAGGGUCUGGUCAUGAAGGAAAACUUAAAGGAAUCUUCCAAGAGAAUUCUCAAGGAGAGAAGAGAUACAAGGAGGACCAGAGGUUCAACAAUGGUUAUCAACAUGGUGGAAAGAAGCCUAGAGCUGAUGGCUAUUACGGAGAAGGGUCUUCUCGGUACGGGAGAAAUCAGAGCCAUGUUCAAUAUAAUGAUAACCGAGAAAGGAAGGUGUAUGCACGGGUUGAAAAGAGACAGUCCGGGAUACAAAAUGAGGUCGCUGGGAGUGUAGAAGCUCAGGUUAACUUACCUCCUACACAGGUUCGUAAGUCUCUGUUUCAAGGUAGCGGUGAGGAGGGUAGAGAGGGUAAGGCAGCAGUAAAUACCGCUGACUCGGGAAAGGUGACUGGUAACGGCUUAAAUGCUGCAGAGAACCCAGCAGUGGGGCUGGAAGAGAAAUCCACACACGAGGUGGUCACAGCUGAAGAACGGGCUAUAUCACAAAAGCCAAAUACUGAGAAUGCUAUAGCUAUGUCUACGGAAACUCAAGUAAGUGGCCCAACGGCUUUGGUAAAUUCUGGGCAGAUUGGUGAGGAUGUGUUGAUGGCAGAUAAAGCGUUAGAGGAAGAUGAUUUAUUGGAGGAUCGUUCGGACUCGUCAGAACAGGCGGAUGAGGGGGUAGUAGAGGCCGAUGAGGAUCAAAUGGUGGAUGCUGAGGAAGGCAAGGAUCAGAUUGGGUUAGCUGAAUCUUCAGAGGUGUCGCUAGCUCAUGAGGGAGUGAUGGAUACGGGAAAAAAAGUAAGAACAUGUGGUGUACUAAAAGGCGUCAGUUCUAAGAAACGAAAUGCUCAGAUUCUGCUUUCUCCCAAAAGACGGGCAACAGGUAAAAGCAAGGACCACGCAGGGGAUGGUACAAACCGCGAUGCAGGCAAAGGAAAGCCAGGCGGAGCGAAACCACCAAAACCAAAAUCGGAUAAAUGAAGAUUUUAAGUUGGAAUUGUCAAGGGUUUAGUUUUGAAUAUUAAAGAACUCUAUAUGUCCUGCUUCUCCUGUUAUCUUUACUGCCAUUGUACUGCCCUGUAAUGUUAUUCUCUGUUCAGUGUUUAACCCUUACCCUUUUGGUUUACUGAUUAUUGUUCUUUUGCCUGCCCAUUGUUCUCCACCAUUGUUGCCCUUUUAAGUAGCUUUAUAGCCUUCUCUCCAUUACUGUCUACCAUUUCUUAUUGUCUUUGUAUAAAGUACUCUUAACCAC